AUAGUUUGCGCGACCACCAGAAAAAAUUCUAAUCCCCAUACAAAGAGGAAAUAGUUUUAUCUACUAGCAGAAAAUAGCAUUGAAAUCAAUCACGCACUUUAGAAUUAACAUCACAUUUACAAAAAAAUUAUCUUUUUCAUAAGGAGGAAAUAGUCAUUGAGAAACACGGAAAUUAUUUAUUUGUAUUAAAACUUAUCUCCUGAAUAACAUUUUAAAUACACGCGUUGAAGGAAAAAUGUUUUCUGAUCUACAUUCUUUUUUAAUUUUACUUUGGAUCUUGAUAGACUGUCCUCUAAGUGUUCUGAACAUGAACAACUGUCAUGGGAACGCCCAUGGUUGCUGCGAUGGAUACUUCUGGGAUAGAAACGCCUGUGUCAAAUGUCCAACGGGGUAUACAGACAAAAACUGCUCAGAAAAAUGUAGGUACCCGAGCUACGGAGAGGAGUGUCAACUCGAAUGUCAAUGCAAUGAGACAGAAUGUGACUAUAUAACUGGUUGUAUAGAUGUUUCUACAGUAACGAAUUUAGACAAAACUUCGAUGCUGAAUAGUAAGACCGACUCGAGCUUACAUUCCUCAAAGAAAUUACAAAGUCCAUGGAGUGCAAAUAAAAUAAUUUCUCUAUGCACUUUAGUGAUAUUUUCAAUCAGCAUUAUACUUUGUGGAGUGCAUUUAAUAGUGACACUGAAGAAACGGAUAAGUGAACAAGCAUCCAACUUACAAACAGAAGCGUAUCAAAAUGAUGCUCAAUACCAGGAAAUUCCAGAUAAUCUUAUUCUUAGAAAUUUUACAAAAGAGAACCAGGAUUGUACACGUGUCACGCAAGUAUAGAGGAACUUGAACUGAGCAUAAAUACAUGAAUUAAAUAUAAGGACUAAUUCAGAAGCAGGCCGUCAUAUCUGAAUACCUUUCGUUAUUUCCAUAUGUUUUAUUUAUGUUUUAAAGAUGAUUGGAUUAAUUUUUGUAUGUU